CUCUUCUCUCUCACCUCUUAUUUUCCCUCUGCAAAGAGAAUCCUCCUUACGAAAAUGUCGAAGAAAGCAGCUUUUCUGCAACUGAAUCUUUCACUUGCUCCUUUCCUUCUUGUUCUUAUUUCUCUUCUUCUGUCGCGUGUUACUGUUCAUAGCGCCGACGAGAAGAAGAUUCUUAGUCUGCACAACAACAUUUGGUCUCCGAGGAAAUCAAACGAAGCUUCGAGUUCAUGUUUUUCUCACAAUCUCGCAAAAGGAAGAGAAUCCACUACAUUGGAGAUGCAACAUAGGGAAGUAUGCUCAGGAAAGACUAUAGAUUGGGGUAAGAAGCUGAGAAGAGCCUUAGUUCUUGAUAAUCUUCGAGUCCAAUCACUUCAACUCAGGAUAAAAGCCAUGAGUUCAAGCACCACAGAAUCCAUUUUGGAAACUCAAAUUCCACUAGCCUCAGGAAUAAAACUUCAGACUCUGAAUUAUAUUGUCACAGUUGAAUUAGGAGGGAAAAACAUGAGUUUGAUCGUUGACACUGGAAGUGACUUGACUUGGGUCCAAUGCCAACCUUGCAAGUCCUGUUACAACCAACAAGGUCCUUUGUAUGACCCAUCAGUCUCAUCUUCUUACAAGACAGUUUUCUGCAACUCAUCCACUUGUCAGGAUCUUGUAGCAACUAACGGCAACUCUGGCCUCUGUGGAGGCAACAAUGGUGUCGAAAAGACAAGUUGUGACUACGUUGUCAGCUACGGAGAUGGUUCAUACACUCGAGGAGACUUGGGCAGUGAAAAUAUCCAAAUGGGCGACACGAAAGUCGAAAACUUUGUCUUUGGUUGUGGCCGAAACAACAAAGGUCUGUUUGGAGGAACUUCUGGUUUAAUGGGUUUGGGAAGAAGCUCAUUGUCUUUAGUCUCCCAAACUAUGAAAAUUUUCAACGGAGUUUUCUCAUACUGUUUACCUUCUCUCGAGGAUGGAGCUUCUGGUUCAUUGUCUUUCGGUGACGAUUCCUCUGCUUACAAGAAUAUAACUUCAGUUUCCUACACUCCGUUAGUUCAAAACCCUCAGCUUCGUUCCUUUUACAUUCUGAAUCUCACCGGUGCUAGCAUUGGUGGCGUGGAGCUGGAAAGUUCAAGCUUUGGUAGAGGCAUUCUAAUCGAUUCAGGAACGGUUAUCACGAGAUUGCCACCUUCCAUUUAUAAAGCUGUGAAGACAGAGUUUCUGAAACAGUUUUCUGGGUUUCCUUCAGCGCCUGCUUAUUCAAUCUUGGACACUUGCUUUAACCUCACGAGCUAUGAAGACAUAAGCAUUCCCACUAUCAAAAUGAUCUUCCAAGGUAACGCUGAGCUCGAAGUGGAUGUUACUGGUGUGUUCUACUUUGUCAAGCCCGACGCAUCUCUAGUGUGCUUGGCUUUGGCAAGUCUGUCAUAUGAAAACGAAGUCGGUAUCAUCGGAAAUUACCAACAAAAAAACCAGAGAAUAGUAUAUGAUACCAAACAAGAGAAGCUUGGUAUUGCAGGAGAAAACUGCAGAAUCUGAAGAUCAUUUGUAUCAUGAAAGCCAAUCAUCUCUUUUGGCAAGGCAAAGCCAAUUUCUCCAAGUACUCUUAUAUAUA